GGUUACUGUCGGUUGGGUUGGUCGGAGGACAGACCAGCUUGCUUAAUCAGCCAGUGGCUGACUGAACACAGCUAAUCUCUGGACCCUUCCAUUGAGCAACAAGGUUGGAGACUGACACAGAGAGAUCAACAGUUUGGUAAACAAAAGAGAGGGAGCCAGGAGAGAAGGACUGGAACAAAGUCAAAGAAGGACAGAGCGGACAGAGCAGAGCAGGAGCAAGAGAGUUGAAUUUGAAAUAGAGGAGAGAAAACUGCAACAGCAAAAAUUUAAGAUUAAAAGUUAAAGAUUGAUAGAAUUAGUGUCAUGGGUGUGGCCACUUAAAGCAGUGAGGCACAACAGCAGAGACAAAGCAACUUUUGUCUGGUGGUUAGAGGGGGAGGGUGACAGACUUAGGAAGACAGGGUGGGUGGGUCAGAGGUAAAGGGGUCAAUAGAAAGACACAGUGGGAGCCGUUCAAGAAGAGAAGGCCAGAGAACUCACUCACGAGGCAGAGGCAACGGUAUGGAUAGAUAGAAGCUGGCAGACAUAGUAGCUUAUCAAGGGGGAGAGGGGACAGAGAGGGCUAGGCUGAGUCACAUACAGGCAGUCGGCAUGGGGAUAAAGGGCAAGGCGGCUUUGGCCAUCGUGGUUCUACUGUUCUUCCUCGGCUCCAUGUGGCUCCAAGGAAGUUUGGAUUACCAGUGGGACUCUUGUCUUAAAGGUUACAUUCAGAUAAACAGUCCUCACCAUCUGUCCAAUGGCAGUGAGGCUGAUAGUGAUGAGGACGGGGCCAUACUGGAGGUGUGUCCCGGUCAGAAGUUCCAGGUGUCGGAGCUGUUGUCUCACCUGCUGGCUGCGCCGGCACCCACCAACGACGUGCUGCUGCAGCCUUAUCUCGCUAGUUGGGACGAGCUUAUCAAGUUCAUGGAGGCUCUUGGACCGAUGGUUGGACUCAUAUCUCAGGAGAUUGAAGCCAAAACUUCCAUAAUCCGUGACCUGACCCUGCGGGAGGCAGGUAGCAGCGAUGAGGGAGAAGUGGGCCUAGCCUUGGGGUUGGUGUCUGGUACCAGAGCGCAUGGUGGUGGACAGGAGGGGACAGAGGCCUCAGUGGCAGCACCAAGCAGUACCUACCUAUCUUUGCGCUCUAUGAUCCACACUGAGUUGAGCCGGGGCCUGGUAGACUUCCAGCAGAUGACAGAAUCUGGGUGUCGUACUCUGCUCCGGCUGCACCGGGCCCUGUUGUGGCUGCAGGUCUUCCUGGAAAAGCUGGGGGAGGGGCCUGUGGGGGGCCGGCUGCGGAGCCCCUCGGAGCUCUGCCGUGAGGCCUAUCAGCACACCCUGGCCCACCACCACUCCUGGUUUGUACGCAGGGCAGCGGAGAUAGCCUUCAUCGCCAUGCCUGAGCGGAGUUUCUUCUACAGGCUGGUGUGUGUGACGAACCAGGAAGAGGCCAGCGUGGUGCUGAACAGGGUGGUCCGGGCCAUCGGAGAGGUGUAUGACAGAACUCAGGGGGUCCUGGAGGAGCAUGGCAUGCUGGACCUGCCGUAGGAGAAGAGCGGGGGGGGGGUUACAGGUUACACAUCCAUCAUGGUUGGAAUUAUACUGGUAAGGACAAUGUGAAAAUAGAAUAGCAAACCCAGCACAUUACUGUUCCGGUUUGCAUAAUAGCAAGAAUUAGGUCUUACACUCUAUCCCCUGGUGCCUUGUUCCAUAUGCUGUACUAUCUUUUAUCAGGCUAAAGUUCACAUGUGUGCAAGACCAAUGAGCUGCUCAAGUAAUCAUGAGUGAGUGCUCUCAACAGAGUUUACCAAAAGGGACAAUUUGUAUUAUGGGCCAUAUGACUAAAGUGCUGGAGAAAACAAUCAACUGAAGCUAAAUGUCUUCAUUGUACAAUUGAUAAGUCAUUGUUAUGUCACUGUUUGUCUGUGUGCGAUCAGCACUGGACGUGUUAUGGUGUUGGAAGACCAUAGACUGGUUGAAAAACAAGUAACGUAUCAUGUAUUGUUGUAAAUUCUGAAGAUGUUGCCAAGGUAAUUCCAUAGGUCAGGGAUUGUUGUGUUGUAUGUUGAUGUGUAAUUCAGCAUUGCCAUCAUUGAAUCAAAAGCCAAUCACAAGGCAAAGGACUUUGUCCAUGCCCCACUUUGUGAUUAUGUAAUAAUUUUAUAUGGGAUCAUUUGUGAAGAUCUUCUAGGGCUGCUGGACACAUCAGAUGGACUUUAUUCAGGGUUCUCAAAACCACAUUUACAAUGCAGUGAUUCACUGAUCUUAGCUACUGUUGUAGUUAUGGUUUAAGUAUGUAUGCAUUACUACAAAAUUGACACUGCAGAAAUAAUAUUUUUGAGUCUGGAUCUGAAUACCUCCCGUACAAUUUUGAGAAUGGAAAUACGUUCUAGACCAGGAAUGGGUAACUUUGAUGGGGGUGGGGGCCACAAAACAUCUGAACUCAUCAUGGGGUGCCGCAGUGGCUCACCGGUCUGAGUGUCGACAUCCAUUCCCAAACAUGCAGUCAGAAACAGCCCUAACCUUUUGGGGGAUCCUAGGUCAAAUCUUCUUAGGGCGUGUGAGCAAAACAGCUAGAGGAGAGAAAAUUUGUUUUAGAGUUAAUUUCCUGCAAUUCUACACAUUUUGCCAUGGGGAAGAGAUAAAAUUCUGUUUUAAAGCAAAUUCCCUGCAAUUCUACACAUUUUGUCAUAGCGUUUUUUUAUUUUAUAUAUGAUAGCUGACUUAGUGACUAACAAAAUCCAGUGGGGCCCCCCAGUUGGUAAUUCGACCAUGAUUACUACAAGUUUAGAUAGCUGGCUAGACUAACUUACCAACCUAAAAUAUGUUGGCUUACAUGGGCUAAUUGAGUGCAUUGAGAGAAACUGAUGAUUUUAUUUGGUUGGAAAUUGAUCUGUGGGCCCCGUUCUAGACCAUCUGAUUGGUCCCAGAAACCAAUGGUUUGGGCCAGAGCCAGAACAUAUGUGCAACGUUUUGAAAAUUCAUCUGGCUUUGAUACUCUGAUAGUUUAGAGAUUAUCCAUUAGCUGGUGACUUUGUUUUUUGUUUUAUAACAGCCUCCAUUUUGACGUCAACACAAAUGACUUCAAUGAUUGCAGCAAAGAUGUAAUGGCGACAAUGUCAUCGGGCCUAAACGGUCGUCUCACGCCGAACUGCGCAAGUUCAGGCCGUCUAAUCAAAGGCACUCCUUCGAGAUACAGUUGUUUUUUACAGAAAUUAAAAUGUCAGUUUGACACUAACAUGAGGUUGGAGUAAACACGUGUUCAACUGCUUAAGAUAUUGGCUCAAAUCUAGGUUGUGCCUUCAGAUUUCGAGAAAAUUAACAACUAAGGAAUAAUUUUUUACUUCUCAAACCCCGGACAUGGUCUGUUUCACAAGCGUUCCCGGAAGUCUCGCAAUGUUGCACCUCUAGGUUUUAGAAACUCUGUGUUUGCAGCCUGACUGAACUAUGUAGCGAACUAGUGCCGCGGAAGAAUUCUGUUAAGAUUCAUCAGGCAAACGUGUUAUAUCCGGGGCUUUUGAUCUUAUGUUGCAGUACUACAGUAUAUCCACCAGAGGUCAUAGUGUACUACACAUGCACAUCAGUUUCACUGAACCCUGAAUGCUAAUAACAGUUCGUGGCAAAGUCAUUUAUAUGAACAUUUGUGACGUAAUCACUUCUACACCACAAUAAUUUACAUUCCCUUCGCUUGGACAUACAUGCUGCGAAUGGCAUAAUGCCACCAUUUUAAGAGAUGUUUCAAUGUAAAUUACAAUGACUUUUUUACCUACAAAUAUAUCUUUUUAAUAAACUGUCAUUUAAAAAACGA